UGCUUUUUGAAGUACACUAAGCAAACAACGGCCUAGUACUACGCCAAAGCGAAGGGUUGAAGAAGUCAAGGGGUCAUAAGAGCAAGUAUUUUGGACACGCUGUGGGAGAAAAAGUUUAUUUAUACUGGAACUGGCCUUCCUUUUGCUUGUGAGGGAAUAAGGAGAUUGUGUGCUAUGUGAAAUCCGCUUCAUUUAGAUGUUUAGUGUUCUGAAUCGCGCUGAAUUGCACUCAGUGCUGUAGACAUUCUGAACGGCUUUGAGGGUUGGACAGCCACGGGUUCGAUAUAGCAGGACUCCUAUUAGGACGAGGUGUCUGUUAGUACAAGAACAUUCAGCAGGGAAUUACACCUCUCCUCUCACAUACCCCACCAAAUGCUAUGGUGGGGUGUAGACACCAGAGCAGCAACCAGGACUAGGGCUAGAUGGGAGCCCAUACUGACAGUGCCAGCCUGAUACUAUGGCUGCUUAUGCCCUGAGCAGUCUGAUUAUGAUGAAUGGCAACAAUCUGACGAGUGCGAGCAGCCCUCGGACUGGGAGGCCUGUGCUGCAUGUGCCAAACCGCUCCACCUACUACAGCCCUGGUAGCCUGAUUCCUGGCUCCCCUGGGGGCUCCUUCGUCUCCCCCUCCUCUCCAGGCCCCAGCAGCCCCAGGGCCCGCUCCCCCUGCCGCCACCCUGAAACCUUGGGGGAGAUCGUGGGCAACUGCGUCCGCCGGCUCAGCAACAAUGGAGAUGAUGAGGCCCCCAACUGGGAGGUGAAGCGCACGGUGCAGCUCCUGCAGAUCCACCAGGAGCUCCUGAAUGUGGAGGUCAACAAAAAGGUGGGUCUGUUUGAGGCCCACAUCUUGAGGGCCCCGUGCAGAACAGUCCCAGCCUCCAAGCCCAGCCAGCCCGCCGAGGUGCCUCCCCCUAACCCCCCACAGAGAGACUGCCCUCCAAGCAUUUCCAAGGAGCUCCAGAAUGGGAAAGGGUGUCUCUGCUUGGAGGAGGGAGUAACAGGGAACGGCAGAGUGGAAAAUAACACGACUGACCCAAAUACGGAACAGGGCAGUCUGCUUGUGAACAAAUCAGCAGGAACUUGGGCCCAAGCUGACAGUUCAGCAGGCAGUUAUUCCCCAAGUUCACUGGGGGUUGGCAGCUUCUUGGCAGGUAGCAACAGCGAGCACCCUGUGGAGUGGGCCCAGACCUGCCUGACAAAGGCAGGAGCAGAGCCAACGGAAACCCAGCCACAAGCACCCUGGGCCAGCAGGGAGGGGAGCUGCCCAGAAGUGGGGACCACCAUCCCAGCCGUCAUAGUCACCGACCACGGGAUGGAGGCCCAGGGAGAAGGCUGUGAUCCGGGCAGUGAGCCCCAGCAGAGCCCAGGGUCAUCCCGAGGCUUGAGGAAGCUGUCCUCCUCCUCAGCUUCCUCCACAGGCUUCUCCUCCUCCUGGGAGGAAUCAGAGGAUGACAUCUCCAGUGACCCGGAUAGAGCCGAGGGACUGUCACUUGCCUUCCUCAACACCCAGCAGAGAGCUCACAAGUCAUGGAAGAAGAUCAAGAACAUUGUCCACUGGUCUCCAUUCGUCAUGUCUUUCAAGAAGAAGUACCCUUGGAUCCAGCUGGCUGGUCAUGCAGGCAGUUUCAAGGCAGGGGCUAACGGGCGUAUCCUGAAGAAGCACUGUGACUGUGAGCAGCGCUGCUUGGAUUGGCUGAUGAAAGACGUGCUGCGUCCCUACGUACCGGCCUACCACGGAGACGUGGAGAAGGACGGGGAGAAGUACAACCAGAUGGAUGAUCUGCUCUCUGAGUUCGACCUGCCCUGCGUCAUGGACUGCAAGAUGGGUGUCAGGACGUACCUGGAGGAGGAGCUGACCAAGGCCCGUAAGAAUUCCAGUCUGAGGAAGGACAUGUACCAGAAGAUGGUGGAGGUGGAACCCCUGGCGCCCACCCCCGAGGAGCAGGAGCAGCAGGCGGUCACCAAGCCCCGCUACAUGCAGUGGAGGGAGACCAUCAGCUCCACCGCUACCCUGGGCUUCCGCAUCGAGGGCAUCAAGAAGGAAGACGGGACAAUAAACAGAGACUUUAAAAAGACCAGGAGCAGGGAGCAAGUGACAGAGGCAUUCAACGACUUUGUCAAAGGAAACCAGAACAUCCUGAACUGUUAUCUGCACCGACUGAAGGACAUUAGGGACACUCUGGAAAUAUCAACCUUCUUCAAGACCCACGAGGUGAUUGGCAGCUCACUGCUGUUCAUCCAUGACAAGCGUGAGCAGGCCAAGGUGUGGAUGAUAGACUUUGGGAAGACUACCCCUCUGCCUAAAGGACAGGUCCUGAGUCACAGGGCCACCUGGGAGGAGGGCAACCGCGAGGAUGGCUACCUCUAUGGCCUGGACCACCUCAUAGACAUUCUCACCCACAUGGUGGUGACCCCAAAGCCAGACUCACUCUAAAAAGGGACUGUCCCCCCCCCCUCAACUCAAUCCUAACCCAGACAGGACCACCACCUCGCACUACAAUGACGCCUCUGAUGUCCCCAAAAAGCUACCCCUCCCUCCCUUAUUCCCCUUCUCCCCUGGCCCCAGAUAUCACACUGUAACCACACAAGUGUUUUGUGUAAACUUGUAGAUUCUGUACAUACUGCUGUACAGUGUGUUUCUGUUCUGAUGAGACCAUGGGUUAGGUUAGGUUCCUUCUCUGCAGCUAGUCCGUGACAACCCUUCUUGAGAUUUUAGUUUGUUUUGUUUUAUAACAGUUUAAGAAUAUAUUUUAGUGUUAGCUAACAGUGUGUAUCACUGCAGUUACAACUUAUAUGGUGCAUGGCCUUGUGGUAAAAGCCAAACAUUUGAAAUAGUUGGAUUCAGAAUUGUGGCUCUUCCUGUGUUUAUAAACUUAUUUACAAUUUAAGAUUUACAGAAAAUGUCCAGGGUCAGGUAGCCUGGCGGGUAGGAGCGUUGGGCAGUUGCUGGAUCGAAUCCCCGAGCUGACCAUGUAAAAAUCUGUUGUUCUGAGCAAGGCAGUUAACCCACUGUUCCCCGGGCGCCGUGGAUGUCGAUUAAGGCAGCCCUCUGCACAUCUCUGAUUCAGAGGGGUUGGGUUAAAUGCAGAAGACACAUUUCAGUAGAAUGCAUUCAGUUUGUACCUCAUUAUGUAAUAGUGUACUUCAGACUGUGCUGUGCCUAUAUUCAUUCCAGUUUCUUUGGAGGGAAAGUAGAGAAGGUGGCAUAAAUUAAUGCACUCCGAUAUGUAAUUAUGACCUAUUUUAUUAAGGCUAAUGUUGACAUUCCUGUAAUCCAAACCAUUGAGGAGUGACUGUCAGUUCAGAGGUCAAUGUACAUGAAGCAGAUGGAGUGGGCGACUAACAGGAAACGGCUCUUAACCAAGUGAGAAUGAGUUUGCAUUCUAAAUAUGCCAAGUGCCUCAGCCUUUCAGCAGACAUAAAAAGACCAGGGCCCGGUUUCCCAAAAGCAUCUUAAAGGGAUACUUCGGGAUCUUGGCAGUGAGGCCCUUUAUCUACUUUGACUCAGAUCAACUAGUGGAUACCAUUUUCAUGUCUUUGUGUCCAGGUUGAAAGUAGUUAGAGGUAGUUUUGUGAGCCAAUGCUAACUAGCAUUAGCGCAAUGACUCAAAAGUCUAUGGGUAUCUGCUAGCAUGCUAGUACCCUAUGGUUCUAAGAUUAACUUAGUCUUAAGAUGCUUUUGGGAAACCGGGCCCAGGUUUUAUUAUCUUAUUUGAAUGAUUCCAUUAGUCAGAGAUGACAUCACCUGUGACUCCGUCAUUAAUGUAUAUCGUCUACCACUGUACACCCAUAAUAAUCACUGCUCUUAGAAUGAACCCACCCCAUCCUGUUUUCCUAGGAUCCUGUUAUUGGGCACAAGACAGAUGGUGAUUGCUGUUUGCAUGGCAAUUUGACAUUCAUAUAUACCAUUCCUGCCUGAUGCCCAAACAUCCUGAGGUGGCAAACAAAACGAAUGGGGUGUUGUCUGUCUACUGUCUAUUUAUUAAGUCUACAGACAGAGAGAUAGGCAUUUAACAGAUCAACAUUGUCAUCAUUGUCUGUUUGGAUUCAAUUAGCAUUGAGUCAUGUUUUUGAUCACAGUCGGAUCACACGCGCAUGACAUUGACCAUAGAAAGAGUAACUUGCAUGGUAUGGGAGUUUUUUAUGGGCGUUAAUACCCUUUUUUAAUAGUUUACUUUAGGGUUUAAUAGUCAUUCACCUUUGAUAGCCAUAUCACAUACAAUAGUCCUAGUUAUGAGAGUGAGGUGAGGUUGGCCUUGUUUUGAAAUGACUGUUCUCUCACCUAUAUCUAAGGAACUGAGAGGGGUGUGGUGUGUUAGGACUGCAAACAUCAUGUCCUAAAGAAACAGCUCACUUCUCCAUGGCCUUUAAUGGGUGGAGCUUGAGGCAGUUGAUUCUAGCAGGACAAACUGGACCAAUAGUUUUGACCAAUACCCAAGGCGUAAAACUUUGUGCUUUACUUGUCCUGUCUUUGAGUGGCGUUGAACUACUUUACCUUUGCAUCAGGGUUAUCAACCUGAAACGUUUUGAAAAAAAUACAGUUUGGUAUGUUAAAGUAUGACUUGAUAUUAAUGGCCUGCACUGUUGGAGCUCGGAGCUUAAGAUGUUCACUGUACCCUGCAUUUACAUCUGCAACCCUGUACAUGUGACUAAUACACUUUCUGAAUCUAAAUCUAAUGUGAUGUACAGGAUUGUGGUACGUUUGCAUGAGAGUGAUACUAUCGGCCCAUUGCACUGGACCAGAAAGGACAGAAAUAAAGAGUAGAGUGCCCUCUGCUGUUACUGAACUGUAUUACACUGAGCAGCAUAAAACAAAUGACAUGGGUGCAUUUUCCAGAAACACAUUGUGACUUUGAUUUUAAUAUGUUGCCUUUAUUCUCUUACUUCAAUAUUUCUUCAGUAGCUUCUUUCAAAUCCCUCCUCUGUCGUUGUGCUUGUCGUUUUUGUGAAGUCUCUUAGAAUGAUAUACUCAUUACCAUAUUUAUUUCUUUGUGACAUUUGCACAAGAACACUAAUGCAUGUGUUUUCAUUUUUGUUGAAAGUCAGUCAUGAUAUAAUCAUUUAGUAAGUCACUGUAAUAUACAAUGGUCACUGCUUCUUACAAUGUGUAAAUAAUACUGUAUGUUUUAGAGAUGAACAAGAAGUCUGUGUUCUGUGCACUCUACCAGGUGUUCUUUUGUGCCUUGUGACACCUAUGAUCUGUAUAGACCUGGUUUUGGGCUACACUGGCCAAAGAGUGCUUGACAUGGAGAUUGCCAUAGCAACCUCAUCUGUCAUCCCUGGUCCAGGUUGACAUGAUUGAGUCCUUCCUCUCCCAGCCUUGUGCUGUGACACUGUGGGGACAUUGUGCCUGAGAUCCUCUGCAGGGUUGGGGUUCAUUCCAAUUUCAUUUGGAAUUCUUUAAUUCGCUCAUGUGGAGAGUUAAUUCAGCUAUUUUCAAGUUAUGUAAUUGCAAUUGAAUUUAAAUGAUAUUGUUUGGACCGUUUGAACUUAAAUUGAAUUGGCAUUGGAAUUCAAUAUUGGUACAUUUCCUAGUAAAUUGAAUUAAUGCACUUAGUAUCAAACAUUGACCGCAGGAUUUGUUUGAAAUAAUUUCAACUUAUAUUUCUAUAUUUCCAGUAUAGCUAGGCUGUCUGAACAGUGACAUGAUCUGAAAGCCUGAGGAAAUUGAAUUUGGAAUUGGAAUGUGGGAAUUGUUGGGGAUAAUAUUAAAUUAUCUCCGAAUUCAAAGACUGACCUGGAAUUCUUAUUGAAUGAAAUGGAAUUUACAGGGAGUUGUGGAACAAAUCCCACCCCUGGUCUUCAGGUCAUUGUGCUGUCACCCCAUGGAUCUGCUUAUGUAAAUCAUGCCAUCAUGUCAAUACUGCAAGCAAAAAUAUGCUUGACUGUACCAUUUUUACUGUAGUAAAUUUAAACAAUGGCUUAAACGCUA